AAGGCAAUCAUUUUAUAAAUGUUUUUAUUAUUAUUGAAUGCAUUGAUUGACUGAAAAAAUACAGUAAAUAAUAAUUGAAUGAAUGUAUGAAAAGCCGGUUUAAAGCAGUGUUUUGUUGUCAUAUAAUUAAUAAAUAAAAUGUUGUUUUGUUUAUAAAUACAUUAUGACUACUAAUUGAUUGCCAAUUCAUAUAACAUAAUAUUAUAGGAUAUAUUAUCGCCGACGGGUAGUGGACGGGUGCAACUCAACUGUGUGUGUGUGGACACCUGCCGAUGAUAGCGGCCACCAUCUACUGGUCAUAACAUUAUCGAUCGAUACCACUGUUGAGUUUACAUAUCAUAUCAAACCCCUAGUGAUAAACAAACAGCAAAAAUAUCUCAUCAAUUGGUCAGACAGUGUGUCACAGCCGAAGCUGUCGCGAGAGUUAUCGCUGGACUGGAUGGUCACAAACCUGCUGAUGGAUAUGAUAUCGAAAGACCGGUUAUCGCUGUUGGCUGCUGUCGGCUGUGGCGUUGCUAUCGGUGUCGGCGGUCUGUACACUCAUUAUACACAUUUGUCGACCAAUCGACAGCUUACGGAUCAAAUGCAAACACUGACCAACAGUAUUGAGGAAUUGAAGAAAGAAGUAAACGAUCUGAAGAUACUAUCGAUGAACGCCUCAGCUGUUCAGUCGCAAUCACAUUCACCGCUUCAUUCGCGGCACCAAUUGUUUCAUUACGCAGACUCUCAUGUUGUCGUCGGCGGCGGCAAUAAUGUGACCGAAGAAUCAUUGGUACAAUGUUUUAAUGAUAAUCAACUACUACUACAACAACAACGACGACAACAUUAUAUGCUAAAUGAGUGCCAAACCGAUAGCCAAUUGACAGAACCUCCGCUACUGUUGCCGCCGCCUCCGGUCGACAAUAGUGUUAGUACUGAUGAUAACGAAGAGUUUUUCGACUUUACCGAAGGUGAAACCGAUAACGAAUUGAAUGUAUCAAUAAAUAGUUGCAAUAAUUUAGUUAAAAUUAGUGAUAAUAAUAAUUAUAUAAAACAAGAAAAAAAGUCAUUAGAAGAAUGGAUCCGAUAUUUUGAUCAACUGCUUGAAGACUCGACAACCAAUAAGAGAGAUCUUUAUCAGCAAUUAGUCGACAUUCAAUUGAAGUAUCCCAAUUGUGGUGAUCUGUUGUGGCGAUUAUCAAAAGCCACGUAUUUGUAUGGAGUGUCCGCUCAGAAGGAGUCCAAUAUUGAACUAAAGAAGACUUUAUCAUUUGAAGCCCUGGACUACGCGACCAAAGCUAUUGAAUGCGACGAAAGCAAUGCCGAGUGUCACAAAUGGUAUGCCAUAACUAUUGGUUCACUUAGCGAUUUUAUUGCCACCAAAGAAAAGAUAGCCAACGGCAACAAAUUCAAACAACACUUAGACAUUGCAUUAGCACUGAAACCGGACGAUCCAUCACUCUAUCAUAUGUUGGGCCGGUUUUGUUUUGAGGUAUCGCAGCUCAGUUGGGUCGAGCGUAAGGUGGCCUCAGCUUUGUUCUCGAAAGUACCCGAAUCGUCAUUUGAUGCCGCAUUCAAUCACUUUAUGAAAGCCCACGAACUGAGACCCGAUUGGAAAGAAAACAUCUUAUUUAUGACAAAUGUUUUGAUGAGUCAGAAAAAGUUUAACGAAGCGAUCAAAUGGAUUGAUAGGGGAUUAGGUCUGAAAACUGUCGGCGAAGAUGAUUGCUUAGCACACAAACAGUUAGAUCUACUUAAUAGUAAACUUCGAAAAUAUAGAUAA